CUUGUCUGCUUACUGUUUGUUGUUAUUAUUACAUCCUGUGGGUUAGACAUACUUUGCAUACCUGUUCAGAAACACAUUUUGGUUCUUUUAAAAAUGAGCAUUCCAGUGGUGGACUUUGGCGCAUACAGCCUGAGUAAGGAAGAUGUUACCGACGACCAGAUGCGAAAUUUAAGCAAAGAGUUGAAAACCGCUUUUAUAGAAGUUGGUUUUGUUUUUCUGAAGAACACUGGGAUCACUCAGGAGGAGGUGGAUGGUGUUAUGGCCAUAUCCAAGACAUUCUUCCUGCAGCCAGAUGAAGUGAAACAACCCUUCAGCAGGAAAAGCUUUGCCAACAAUCCCAACCACGGCUGGGUGUCUCUGGAGACUGAGAAGUUGAAUCCACGUCGGCCUGGAGACCUAAAGGAGGCAUUCAACUAUGCUUCACUCCACCCUGACAUUAAAUGGCCAUCUGUAAAAGGGUUCCAGGAGAUCCAGACGUCUUUCUUCCAGCGCUGUACAGAGCUAAGUCUGCGGGUGCUGAGGGUGAUGGCCCACAGUCUGGGUCUGAACCCAGAGGUGUUCCUGAGUGCGCACCGUUUAAUAGGAACUGAUGAGAAUGGCACAACACUGCGGUCUCUGUACUACCCCCCAGUAAACCAUGAGAAAGUGAAGGAGGGUCAGCUGCGAUGUGGAGAACAUUCCGACUACGGCAGCAUCACCCUGUUGUUUAGCAGCUCUGAGGGUCUGCAGGUUCGAAAACGUUCAGGUGAAUUCAUCUGCGCUCCCUCCGUCCCCGGAGCGGCCCUCAUCAAUGUCGCUGAUCUGAUGCAGCGCUGGACCAAUGAUCAGUUUGUCUCUGUGCGCCACAGAGUUGUGCUGCCCCCUGCUGGGGACUCCCGCACACGUCAGUCUCUGGCUUUCUUCGUCCAGCCGGAUGAUGAGGCUCUGAUCACCUGCUGCGACGGCUCCAACAAAUACCCCCCAGUUACAGGAGGCGACUACCUCAUGGAGCGAUUCAAUGCCUCAUAUGGAAACUGAAUCUCUACCCCGCCCUAUUCUGUACAGGCAGCCAGCGUAGGGAGGCAAGAAUGGGAGUAAUGUGCUCCCUCUUUUUGACCUUGUCAAAACUCUUGCUGCUACAUUUUGAACUAGUUGGAGACAAGAUGAUACCAAACUAUAACUGGUUGCAAUAAUCAAGGCAGGGAGAUAUAAAGGUAUUAUUAUUUGACUGUUUUUAAUUGUAAAGUGUUUUAGUUUUGGUUUUAGGACCAUACUUCAUGGUCCUAAAAUUGCACCUAAAAUGUAUUGAUCUAUACCUGGAAUUUAUUCAUGUUUUAUCAAGUUAGUUUUGUCUAAAAUAAUCAAUAUGUCACUUUAGAUCCCACACUGUUUUUACAUUUGAAAUAUGAUGGUGUCAGUGAUAUAAACUUAUAUAAACUUUAUUUCAGUCCCAGGGCGAUCCAUAUCACAAUAAAAAGCACACAGAGUAUAACAUAAAAUACAAAAAUGCAAAACCUUCCACAAUGUUUAGUGUCUGACAUACAGACGUUCGCCAAUGGUUCCACAGUCUGGAAGAAAAAACAGGUUAGCCAAAACAGUGAUCAAGUCAUUUUCUGACUCAGAUCCCCUACAAAUAAAUCUAUACAUCAGGAUACGUAAAACAGCAGAGCAGAUAGGUACCCCGACACUGACAAACAUGCUGUCAUUAUAAGCCACUAUGAGUUUUCUAAUGCUGCCUUGCUUAUAACGACACCACAGGUAGGCAGUAGAUCUUCACAGAUACACAGCACAUGCUAAACUUACGACGCAGCACGUUAGCUUGAGCAUACAGCUUCCGACGCUGCCUUAUCAUCAGACAGGUCAUUUGCAAUAAUAUGGCCCAAAUAUGUAAUCUCACUGCACACCCUAAGUGCAGUGCCAGACAGAUAUAAGUCAGGGAAGGUUGACUGUCUGUCUUCUCUACUUCUAAUAAUCAUGAUCUUACUCUUUUUGGCAUUGUAUUUUAUAUCAAAAUCAGCACCAUACUGGGUGCAUAUUCUCAGAAGCUGUUGGAGACCAGCACUAUAUGGGCUAAAAAUGACCAAAUCAUCUGCGUACAUAAGGUGAUUAAUUAGUGAGUCACCAACCCUACAACCUGUACCACAUACAUUUAAAAUCAAGGAACAAUCAUUCAUAUACAUAUUAAAAAGAAAAGGAGACAGAAUUCCACCCUGGCAGACACCAUUGGCCACUUGGAAGGGGACAGAUGUAACAUUCCCCCAUCUAACUAUCAUUGUCUGAUGCGAGUACCAAUACACCAAGAUUCUGUGAGUUAAUGUGUAUGAUUUAAAAAAGAAACAAACCUCAAACCUG